AUGCAAGACUAUCUCUCCAUUCAGGCCUUGCACAGGUCCAUCCCGCCUUUCUCCCCCGACAUCCCCGUCGGUCUCCUGCCCUACCUCGCCUUUGUCCUCCUGGCGACGACGUUCGCACUCGCUUUCUAUUUCUCCACACUUCCAAAAGAUACCCUUCCCGUCCGUGAAGUCGCCGUCGCCUCCAUCGCCAGCCUUCUCGGCGGCUUCGGCGUCGUCGCACUCUUCUGCACAGUCGGUGUGUACGUGUAG